AUGAGCAGUGCUGGGGAAAUUGUAAAAUGCAGAUAUGUUGAUGAAUGUGAUUUUGUUUCAGGAAGAAAAAAGCAGAAGGUGGCUCAGGAGAAAUCUGGAUUAUCAAAGUUACCAGACCUGAAAGACGCCGAAGCCGUUCAGAAAUUCUUCCUGGAGGAGAUUCAGCUCGGAGAAGAGCUUCUGGCGCAGGGUGACUAUGAGAAAGGCGUGGAUCAUCUGACGAAUGCGAUCGCCGUGUGCGGUCAGCCGCAGCAGCUCCUGCAGGUCCUGCAGCAAACGCUUCCUCCUCCAGUCUUCCAGAUGCUCCUCACCAAACUGCCCACCAUCAGCCAGGUGACACGCGUUUGA